GUUAAAUACAAUAUGAACAUCAUCGUGCAGAACAAGAGAGGACUCGAAUUUGACCUCUGAGACCUGGAUGUUAGGAUCAGAGACUACAACAUUGUUGAUGGAGUAGUCUGGUACAACAUUGAGGUACUUCUUUCACAAGUAUGGAGACUUAAAAAGCGUUACUCAGAUUUUGAUGAAAUGCAUAGAAGACUUCGUAGAGAUUUGGAUCCCAUAAAUCUCCCAAAAUUGCCUGAGAAGAAAUACUUUAACACAAAUCCAGAUUUCAUAGAAUCUCGACUACGUGCUCUACAUGAGUAUCUAAAGAGCCUAAUCUUGAUCUAUGAAGCACUAGAGAACCCUAUCCUUCAACGCUUCUUAGAAAUAGACAUCACAUACGAUCCAAACUUCGAGUACGCUCCUAUAGAAUUCUCCAAAGGGAGAGAACUAAUCCCCAUCAAAAAGAAGAGAAGAGAUAAGAGAGUUCUAAGGAAAGAGUCUGAUAUGGCUCAAAGUUUUACAAACAAACAUGAUCGACUUGAUAUGAAGAAGGUCUCCAGUCACAUGACCUCAAACAUCAAAAACGCAGCUUCACGGAAAAGAUCAAGCAAAAGAGGUGGCAGAAGCAGAACGAGAAGAAAACUUGACGGCACUAAAAAGAGAGAUAGCUUCAAGAAGCACGAGCGGCAUACGGCCAAUAGGGAAGAAGCUAAGAGAAAACAUAGCGCUGAACAUAUAGUCGAGUUCUUCCCAGAGGAAAUUAAGAAGGAAGAUGAAGGAUAUACAGGCGCUGAUAUCCCCAAAUGUAGGUUCUUUGAUCCAAAGUUAGAACCCCCUAUUGAGGAGAACGAGCCUGGCCAGAUCUGUCUCAAUGGCGCAUCAGACCCUUUCCCACUUAAUCCAUCCCAAAUUGAGGAGAAGAGGAAGAGAGAUGAAGAACUUGAGGAUAUUAAGAGGAAAGUACGCUCAAUGAGGAUCAGGAAUGAUGAAGUUUUAGACAAGUCAUACCAAAAUCUCGAUUUUGACACUAACCAUAGUCUUAAAAGUAUCCAAGAUGAAUACAUGACCUUUGAUGAGACCAACUGAGUCACUGAAAAUGAAGUCUUACUCAAAUCUCUCAUAAAAAGGGCAGCUAUAGCUGUGGAAAACAUCACAAAGGAGAAUUCAGAGUACUUCGAGCUCAAGCACAGAGCAAAAGAUAUGAAGAGAAGUAUUGAUGACUGUAAAAGGUACUUCAACAAUCUCCAUCAGAAACUAGAGGUUGUGUCCAAGUACUUCAAGGAGAAAGCUGAUCAUGAAUAUGAGUUUUAAACCAAGCAGUGAAAAUUUCAACCUU